AUGUACAUAAAGGAGAUUGUGUUGAGUGGAUUCAAGUCGUUCGGCAACCAUACUGAAAUCAGUGGCUUCGAUCCGAGAUUAACGGCGAUCACUGGUGCAGAGGGUUCAGGAAAGACGAAUCUUUUAAAUGCCAUUUAUUUUGUGCUGGGAUCUAACAGUGUGCAAGAUCUGCGCGCUGCAGGCGUGCAAGAUCUGGUUUUCAACAAAGGGGAAAGGGCUUCUGUGACAAUUGUCUUUGAUAACACGGAUGACACGCAUUAUCCGCUGGGGUACGAAGAAUGGGAAACUAUUGUGGUGACGCGUCAAAUUGUGGGCGGAAGCCAAACCAGGUUCCUCAUAAAUGGCAAAAAUGUAGAAGAUAAGGAUGUGCUGGAAUUUUUUAAAUCUGCUCAAAUGAGCAUGCAAAAUAAACAUUAUUUUGUCGCUGAGGGUAAACUAGACUAUAUCCUAGGAUUGGACACUAAAAAGUUCUUGUUAUUGGUGGAAGAUGUAGCUGGCACGACUAUUUACAAAAUGAAACGUGAUGCCAGCAGAGCUCUGGUACAAAAAAUGGAGACUAAGGGGCGCGGGGCAACGGACGGGCGGAUAGAAAAUGUACCGCGUAAGGACCGCGCCAUUUACCGAGAGUAUCAAAAAAUCUGUCGUGAUAUCGCGGCACUCACUCAUAUACACAUAUCGGCCCAGUAUCAGAACCACCGUGAAGCUUUGCAGUUAGCGAAAGCUAAAGAGAUUAAGAUAAACAAUCGUAUUGACAACUGUCGCAGCACACAAGCCAGCAAUGAGGAGGCAAUUAGACGCAUUAAUGCGGCAAUGAAGGACAUUCAGAUGAAACUUGCUGCUAUAUCGGGUGAACGCUUAGAGGCAGGGGCAGCAGAUGAGAGUGCUAUUGGGGCUACAGCUACGGCUAUUCAGGAACCAGCUGAGGAAGUGGUGGAAGUGGAAGAUACGAAAAAAAACGACAUAGAGCAGAGCGAAGACCCACAGCAAGAGCUAGCGACUGAGAGUGAUUUUACGGACACUCAGGAGCCAGCUGAGAAAGCGAUUGAGUUGGAUACGAAAAUAAUCGACCGGGCAUUCGAGGACCUGUCCAUAAAAGAGUCCAGCUUAGAUCAGAAAACCGUAUCCAACGUGAUGUGUGAAUUCUACCAGAUGGAUAUGAAUCCCUGCGUAGUAUUGACGAAUGACAUGGGAGACAGCAUGCAUAGCUUUGUUGCCGGAGAUAGCGAUGCAAGCAUCAAGAUUCAGCAGUGUGACAAUUCGCAACAGUGUGCCACCUUCAUACCUCUGUUCGAGGUCUUACCAUACUUUCUGUACGAAAUUGUUCAUGAGUACGCACAGGCAAAAUACGGCAAGGAUAAUGACAAUUGGAACUUAUGCAUUAUAACAUAUGAGCCCAUCGAAAAAGUCUUUGAGAACGCUGUGAAGCAAACUACUGACCACAAUUUGGGAUUGCAUGUGCUAGAUCAGAAAGACAAUGCUGAUGAUGCCGCUUCGUUUACGAACGAAAAUAUAUUAGACGAGUUUAUCAUUUUUAAAAAUGACAAAGAUGUUGAGCAAAAGCAGGCCGAAUACAAGAAAGUGAUAGAGGACUUGGCUAAUAUCGAUAGCGAACUCAGCCAGAUCAAUAAACAGAAGAUUUUGCUUGAACAGCGCUGUCAGCAAUUGUCCAAAUACAUAGGUCUCUCUAGCCACAAAGCUUUAGCGUUACAACUGAAUCAGGAGAAGGACUCACGCGACGACAUCAAGGAGGCUUCACGCGAUGAAAAGGGGAGCUCCAACCCAAAACCUGUCGAUUCCAAAGAAGAUUUAGAGCGUGAGCUGCAGGCUCUGUUCAAUAAGAGAGAAAUGUUGCUGGAGCAAAACGUGGAGCUCGAACUACAGGUAGAGAAAAAAGUACUGGAAAAGAUCAAGAUCAUUAAUGAAGGGAUGGAAGCUGAGAAGAAGAUGGAAGAACUGGAAUGCAAAUAUUCAUGGAUAACAGAAAAUAGGGAUUUUUUCGGAAAGAAGAACACACGCUACGACUACUCCAAAGAUAAUGCUGUAGAUGCCGGGAAAAAAUUGGAAAAACUACUAGAGAAGAAGAGCCAAAUGGAAGGUAAUCGAAAGUUAAGCAAAAUCCUACAAGACUUGGUAAUGAGAGAGUACGAAGUCGAUAUCCGUAAGCAAGUGCAAUCUAUGCAAAAUAGCGAAUUACGGACACUAGUGCAUAGAAUUGAUGAUGAAGAAAAGAAUCAGUUAAAGGUGACGCGCGACAUCAUCAACGAACAUUUCGCCAGCAUAUUAGGCACAUUGUUGCCCGGCGCCCACGGCCAUGUCGAAGCUAUCAUGGAAAAUGGCAGAUAUACUGGUAUGGAGUUGAAAGUGGGCUUCGAUGGUGUUUGGAGAGACAGUGCUGCUCAACUGUCCCCCAAGGAGAGGUCAUUGGUCGGGCUCUCCAUGAUGCUUGCCAUCUGGAAAUAUGCGCCAGCACCGAUUUACGUUUUAAACAGGAUAGAAGGGACCCUUGAUGAUGGCGAAUUAAACAAAGUUGCAAGCAUUCUUAAGAGCUUUUCUGGAUCGCAGUUGAUUAUUACUUCCCAAGCGGAUGGUCUACUUGAUCGUGCCAACGUCACAUUUCGCACCGACUUCAGGAAAGGAAAUUCGACGAUUGAACGCAUUGCCAAGCGCUAA